CGUAAUUCUUUUAUUUUAGUCUUGCAGCAUUCCACCAUCUAUCAUGACCCCUUUAAUAGAUGGUAGUCAUUCAGGUGAUGCCACACAAGAUUAUACAGCUAAGUUAGCUGCAUGCGAAAAGGUGCUCAAGCGCGCGGAGUUGGUACAAUCCGAAGUCCAACGCUUCGUCGCUCAUGUCGAAGAUGUCUACAGUGAUUACUUUCAACAUAUGCUUACAUAUGUUCACACAUCUUUCUCCCACGAACUGCGCGCCGAAAUAGAGAGUUUGGAGAGGACUUACCGAGAACUCCAGUCGGAAAACCAUCGGACAUUAGAUCGUGCGCAGUCUAGCAACAUCGCCUUUCUUGAGCCUGUAUGGGAAACAGCCAAGAGAUCUCGGGAUAUCGUGAGAUUGCGAUGCGCCGUUUCUACUGGUCCAUUCAAGAACCAAAUUCUCGCACCGGGAACGCGUAUUGUCCGAACGCAAGGCCAAUCGCAAUCCCGGUCGGGAACUUUCAUUAUCGACGUGAUCGCAGACGGUGGUCAUUCGUGGUCCAAAGUUUCAUCCAUGACUAACAAGAGAGUGCUAUUUGACUUAGCAAAGGAAGCUAUAUACUACGGGGAUAGUGACGACGAUGAAGACACCGAGCCAGCUAUUCAAGAUUAUUCGGAUAUACCUCUUGUGAAGCUGGCCAGGAACCUAGCUGACACGGCCAAAGGACAUCGCAUUCAAACCAAAAGUCCAAGUACUUUCCUUAUCCUACCACGCAUCAAAGAAGGUGUGUGUGCUGAGGUUGAUAAAGUUCUCGAGGUUUGUCGUCAGCUAGGUGUCACUCUACUCUGUGGGGAGGCGUUAUCGCCGGCGCCACCUUUCUCGGAUGAUCUCCUUCAUAUAAUGGCACCAAGUCCCAAAGCAAAUUUUACAGAUGUUCUUAACAUUGACACCUCCCUUUUAGUUGCUCUUGCGUCUGACUUUUCUCAUACCAAUGUUGUUAAGCAGCCUUGGUUUAGUCCUACUCACAAUGAUCAUGUUGACCUAGAAAGUGAGCGGCCGAUGUUAUCCUUGGUAUACCCUAUGAUAGGUAAUCAUAAGCUCGUGUGUACUAAGGAAGCGGCUGAUACAUUUUUCCAUAUCGUCGACACAUUAGCAACUGAUUCCGAAAAGGCUCGUGCCUAUUUAAUACUGAGCCCCGAUUCCGGAAAAUCGCAAGAGCAGCGAGUUAAAGAGUCGCAACCGUUGUCGAUCCACGAAGUCCCUCCCUACUUACAAUUACCAAUUAGUAUCAUCGAUCUGAACGACAGUAACUGUCAAUACCGAUUAACGGACCCAAUUAAGAAAACACUGGAAAGCGUACUAAAUCCCGGAAGAUCAGUCUUCUCUUACGGUUGGGCAGGCGGACUUACUACCUUGACUUGUAAUUCUGUCAUCGUCAAACAGCUUGAAAAAGAUCUCGAGCGACUUCCAACUUUAGGAGAUUUACCUUGGCCGUCAAUUUGGGCAUUUCCUACAUCAAGACCCUUCGUCGGCGUCCCCAGAGACUCCCGAAAACAAGUGCGGAAGCAUAUCGGCGAUUGCAGUGUGACCUGUACCUGCGGAGUGGAUGAACUCUACGGCCACCGAAGUAACGUUACGAUCAUCUGAUACUUGAGACAACAUUGGGGGCGUCGAUAUAGGCGUCGUCUAUUGUCUUGGACUAUGGAUCUUGACGCAUGAAAGAACAUAAGAAAGCUCGGUAGCUACUUCAUAGUAGUUUUGAGCUACCCAGCGUGACAUGAGCU